CGCAUUACGACCUCACCACUUCUGUCUGUCAAAACUGCGCCCGCAAUUGACGACACCAUCCCGACCCGACUACCCCGAGCCGACGUCGAUUCUCCGCAACCAUGUCUGCGCCAUCCCUCGCCCCCUAUAUUAUGAAGCGCCCGUGGCUGCAGCGCUGGGUGAAGCCCCUCUCCAACUGGUACUGCAACGCAGCUGGCUACAGGCAGCUUGGACUGAGGGCCGAUGAUUUACUCCCAGAGGAGAACGAUACCGUCCAGAACGCUCUCAAGCGUCUUCGACCCCAGGACGCCUACGACCGUGUUUUCCGUCUGCGCAGGGCCUUCCAGCUUUCCAUGUCUCACCAGCUUCUGCCCAAGGAGGAGUGGACCAAGCCCGAAGAGGACGUACCAUACCUCUCAGGAAUCAUCACCGACAUCGAGGCCGAGAUGAAGGAGCGCGAGGACCUCGAGACCAUGAUUGUCCAGAAGAGGCAGAAGAACGCCGCCACCGGUCACUAGAUGUACAUAUCGAGUCUGGCAUGGUCGGAGCCGAGGCUGGUAGAAUGAUUUUGAGGUUGCGCAAUAGAGUGUACCAUAUCAACAGUUUUAUUAGGAACCAUCUCCAUUGCAUACAAGGCUCAGCUGUUUUGUGUGGAUACUCCGUGGCUAUCAACGGUCAUCAGCUAAUGUGUGACCGGUUUUCUUUCC